GUGAAGAAGCAGAAUCAAUUUGUGUACGUGUGUGUUUUGAUAACUCGAAGCUAGCUACGUGGUGAUUGUGCGUGCCACCGAAUUCGAAAUCCUCGCAAGAAAUUAGCGGUUCCGUUCAAAUGCAUCAGCCAGAUUUUACAGCAGUUCUGCUGCUUGCUCUUGUUGCCUGCAGCAGCGCACAGCGUGUUGCACCCGGCGUAAAUCCCCAGCAUUAUCAACAAGUGCCCCAGCAGGUGCCACAACACCACCAACAGCCACCGCCGCCGCCACAGCAAUAUCAACAACAUGGUGCGCCUGGAGUUCCUCCCCAACAAUAUCAGCAGCAGCAAGUGCAAUAUCAGCAGAUGCCCGUGCAACAACAACAGCAACAACAUCAGCCACAAAUGCAACAACAGCAACAUCAGCCACAAAUGCAACAACAACAACAGCAACACAUGCAACCUCCUGUGCAACAACAUCCACAGCAAGUGCAACAUCAUCCACAGCAGGCAGGCGGUCAUCAUCAUGGACAACCUCAGCAGGUGCUGAACACGGGCAACAUUCAACAGGAGCGCGCUCACAUCCAAGAGCACAUGCAGGUGCCCAUCGAUACGAGCAAAAUGUCUGAGGCUGAAUUGCAGUUCCAUUACUUUAAAAUGCACGACUCGGACAACAAUAAUAAACUGGAUGGCUGUGAACUGAUUAAAUCUCUGAUCCACUGGCACGAGCAAGGCAGCAAAGAGCAGCCUAACGGCGAGAAGCCUCACGUGGAGGAGAAAGUGUUUUCGGACGAAGAGCUCGUUGCUCUCAUUGAUCCCAUACUGCAGAUGGAUGAUACAUCUCGUGACGGUUUCAUUGACUAUCCGGAGUUCAUAAAGGCUCAGCAAAAGGCUGCCGAGAAGAUGCAACAGCAACAGCAACAGGAACAACAACAACCAGCACAACAGCAACAGCAGCCAACCCAUUAGUAUAUAAUUCAAUGAAAUCUGUUUGCAUAUACCAAUCAAGCAUAGUUAUGUCAACAUCAAUGUCUUGGUCCGCAUCGUGCUCCUUGUUUUGCCACAACACACACAAAAACACACAAAACACACACGCAUAUUGAACUUAAACAAAUUGUAAUAUAGACAACAACAAUUUUGAUAAUGCUUCAAGCAUUCCAAUCGGGCAACUACUUUGAACAAAUUCUAAUUAUUAUUUUAUUACGCAACUUUCCAAAAAUUGCUUUGUAUUCGAAUAUUUAGCACACACGAAUCUCUUAUGUGAUCUGUGCAAUUAAAAAUGUUUGUUUUUGUUUGCCUUUCUCAUAAUUAUAGUUUCUUCUUCGAUUUAUAGUUAUUUUUAAGAGUCACAUAAAUUCCGCGAAAACAACAAGCAAACCCAUUUACAGACUGAUCGUGUAAACAAAAGAAACAAAGACAAAAAAAAAUAAAGUAAAAACCUGAAAGUUAGCAAACAAACAAA